CAGAAGACAUUGUAAAAUGGCGCUUUUUGGCUAACAAGCUCUCUGUUGACAAUUUUAUUUACUUGCAGAUAAUAUUGAAGGAUAUGUCAAAGGAAAGCAUAUUUCUGAACCUAAUUCUGGACACCUCUUCAAACAUUAGGGAAAUAUGCCAGGAUGUGAAAGAAAUUGAAAAAUACUUGGAAGAAGCCAAAGCCAAUGAAAUACCUGUUUCUCAAGAUGCCCUGGAAAAAUCGAAAGUACUGGUCGACAAACUCUUUGAUUGUUCUUCCAACCUCAAAGACCAGUUUUAUACAAAAUAUAAAGAAAUUAAGGAGUCUUUAUUGAACAAGACAACUGGUUCUGGGAAAGAUAGUUCAGAUAAAGAUGAACUUCCAAAAUUCAAUACAAGUGGUGAGGAAAUUUUUAAAAAUGAAGAUGUAGAAAAAGAAGUGAAUUCUCCCAGCAUAAGUACAAGUGUUGAUCAAGAGUUGGCGACCGGUGAUGAAGAAAUCAAUUCUUCACAAAAGUCAAGCUGUGAAGAGACAUUACCUUUACCUAAAGAUCAAGAACCAGUGUCAGAUGACACAUUACCCUCAGUUUAUAAUACUUCACCUUAUCUUGAUGAUACUUUGCCUUUAACUGCAAGUGAAAAAUUACCUUCCAAUAACCUUGAUCCAGUAAUUACUGAACACGUAUCGACAAAAAAUAAACCUGUAGAAAUUUCAGCUGGGGAUGAAGAAAAUCAUGUUUCAGAAAAAAUUACAAAUGAAGAAUGUUCUACUGAAAUUGUCCAGGAUAAAUCUGAUUCUAGUGAAGAAACACUCCUUUUAGUGGAUGAUACUUUGGAGAAAAAAGAUAACUCUCUGGAGACAAAUGAAUCUAAUAAACUUGAAACACCUGUAGAACCUCCAAAAUCUUUAAUUAGAUUGGUUGACCUCAGUAAGCUUCUGGAUCCAAAACCAAAAAAAUCUGUUAAGUUUGACAGUUCUGUUAUAAUAUUAACAAGUUCCGAUGAAGAAUCUGUAGAUACACAAAAAAAGAAAAAUUCUCCAGAUGUUGCAUCAAUAUUAAGAUCUGUUUUAAAAAAAUCUCCUUCAUCCAGUGAAGAAAAUGAAACCAAAGGAUCUAAUGAAAAACAAACAAAAGGUAAAGGCACUGAAAAAUUGAAACACAAAAUGAAUAGACAUGAAGAUAAUACUUCUGAUGAAAGUGAUUCAAGUGCAAAACCUCGUGAGAAAAUAAUGAAAAUUGAAAAUCGGUCAUUGACUUCAGAGAAAAACAAAAAAAGUAAGGACAAUUCAAAAUCUAAAUAUUCCUCAGAAUCGGAAAAGGAAAAUUCUGAAUCUAAUAGUGAUAAAAAUGUUUUGACUAGUGAUGAAGAUGAGACUAGAUCUAGAAAGUCUACCAGAUUGAAGAAGAUAGAAAAAAGUCGUCUUAAAACUAAAGCAAAUCUUAGAAAAAUCUUCAAGAGAAAUUCAGGAGCCUCUUCCUUUGAAAUUUUUGGCGAAGAAUCGUCAAGAUCUAAGGGAAGAGCAAGCGACAGACUUUCAAAAAAACAAGGUGUUAUAGAAGUUCUUUCAGACUCGUCUAGUUCAUCAGAUGGAGAUUUAAUGAACAGGAAAAUAAAUAGGGUUAAAAAAGAAAGGGAUAGAAGUAAAAGUCUUAUGGAUUCUGAAAAAGGCAAGUUUGAAAGAAAAGUCUAUAUUCCUUUGCCUUUAAUUGAUUGUAACAAAUUAAAGGAGGUAUAUUCAAGAAAUAAAAAAUGUUUAGAGAUAAGGUGAGUUUUAGUAGUAAAUUGUGAUAAUAGCUGUCCUUUACAGACACAUGAUCUGCUCUUAAAUGUAUUUUUGAAUUUUCCAUAGAUAGAAUGUAUGUUGUUUUUGUGAAUUUUUCAUUAGUUGGGCAAACCUAAGUUUCUAGUCAGAAUUUAUCUACAUGUCUACUUACAGAGUUGGAAUCCUUGAACUACAACAUCCUCUCAACAUUUGCC